AUGUCUUUCCCUAAGUCGAGUAGGGUCUACUCUGUUUCCCGAGUGUACGCGGACGCCAAUGAGAAGAGGCCCCGUGAGUAUUGGGACUAUGAGGAAUGCGUUGAGCUUGAAUGGGGUCAUAUCUAUAACUAUGAGAUCAUUGCAAAGAUUGGACGUGGUAAAUAUUCUGAGGUGUUUACAGGUCUGAACAUUGUGAAUAAUCAACCUUGUGUGAUCAAGGUUCUCAAGCCGGUGAAGAUGAAGAAGAUCUACAGAGAGGUUAAAAUUUUGCAAAACUUGACUGGUGGUCCAAACAUCGUUGCGCUCUUAGAUCUCGUCAGAGACAGCCAUUCAAAGAUUCCUGCUUUUAUCUUUGAAGAGGUGAAGAACGUUGAGUACAGAACUCUAUAUUCCAAAUUCAAGAAGGCCGAUAUUCAGUACUACUUUACACAACUUUUGAUCGCUUUGGACUAUGCACAUUCCAUGGGAAUCAUACACAGAGACGUUAAACCUCAGAAUAUCAUGAUCGAUCCCUUCCAAAAGAAGCUUAGACUUAUCGACUGGGGGCUUGCGGAGUUCUACCACCCUGGUGUAGACUACAACGUUCGUGUGGCCUCAAGACAUCACAAGGGUCCGGAAUUGUUGGUCAAUUUACACCAGUAUGACUAUUCCUUGGACAUGUGGUCUGUUGGAUGUAUGCUUGCUGCGAUAGUGUUUAAGAGGGAACCUUUCUUCCGGGGUGAGUCUAACUUUGACCAACUGCUGAAGAUUGUCGCAGUCUUAGGUACAGAUGACCUAUAUGCUUUAAUGGAAAAGUAUGGAUUGGAACUCUCAAAAGAGUAUAAACAGGUCUUGAAGCCAACAGCUAGGGUACCAUGGAGCCAUUUCAUCAAUGAUAACACAAGACAACUUGCUGACGAUGACAUGAUCGAUUUAAUUGAUAAUUUAUUGAGGUAUGAUCACCAGGAAAGACUCACAGCCAAGGAAGCACUUGCACACCCUUACUUCAAAGGCACUCCAAAGUGA